AAUGCAGCAACACAAUCCAAUUUAAAUACACGUUGAAGACACUAAUGCAGAGGCAACAAUGGCAAAAAUGUAAUAAAAUCAAAUAUAAUAGAUCUGCAAUCAAGCAAAAAUACUUCAAAGAUGAAUUCUCUGAAGAAUUUGUAAAGGGAACAUCUAAAAAGGAUGUUUUAAUUCAUAGAGGUUAUUGGUGCAGAUUCAACAUUUUUCACAGAAUAGUUUCAACUUAUAUAAGCAAAUAAUAAAAAUGCAAUAUAAUCUCGCUUGGAUCUGGUUAUGAUACUCUUCCCUUUAUAAUGUGGCAAACAUAUCCAAACAAUGAAUUUACGUAUGUUGAAGUAGAUUUACCUGUUGUAGUUGAUAGAAAAAUAAAGAAGCUUAAGGAGUCUAAUAAAUUGAAAACAUUAUUGGGAGAAAUUAUAAUUUCAGAAAAUAAAUUAUAAGCAAAAUCAUAAAAUAAGAACUAUUUAUUAUUUGGAGAGGAUCUAUGCAACUCUGAGCAAUUAUAUUAAUAGUUAAAAUCAAUCGAUGUCACGAUUCCAACCUUGGUUUAUGCAGAAUGCGUUUUAACCUAUAUAAAGAGUGAUGCCACAAAUCGAUUAUUAGAUGGAUUAACUUAAUGGUUCCCACAACUAACAUUUUUAAAUUACGAAAUGUUUAAUCCAAGUGAUCAAUUUGGUAAAAUGAUGGUGAGAAAUUUCGAGGUAUAAAAUUCUUAGUAGAGUUUUAGUAUAGAGGGUGCCCUUUGGUUGGUAUUGAGGCAUUUCCAUCUCUGCAAGCACAUAAAGACAGAUUACAGUAAUGGUUUAAUCAUGUAGAAAUUUAUGAUAUGAAAACCUUGUAUCAAAUUGGAACUGACCCUGAAGAAAGGAAAAGAAUUGAAAAAUUAGAAUUAAUGGAUGAAUGGGAAGAAUGGAAUAUUAUGUAGAGUCACUAUCUAGUAUCCCUUGCUAUUAAAAGUCAAAAUCAAUUAAUUGUAAAUUUAAAGGUUUGA